AUGGGUGAUAAUGAGCAACCUCUGAAUCGAGAACCCCCAACCAAGGCUUUAAUCAAUCAUUACGAUCGUAAUCAUGGGCCUUUGCCGGAUGUCCUGGAUGGCGAAAAGCACUCUGUCCAAAUCAGCGGCUUGGUCCAGACUCCUAUCACACUCACUGUCGACCAACUGCGGUCCGAAUUUGAGCAACAUGAAGUGACAUGUGCCCUAGAAUGUGCAGGGAAUCGGCGCCAUACAAUGCGCACGCUCAUUAAAGAAGUCCAGGGCAUCGACUGGGGCGAUGCGGCGAUCAUGAACUGCAAAUGGAGCGGACCUUGUCUCCUUGACGUUCUCGAACGAGCAGGUCUACCUCUGGGACCGGAGGCAUCUCGAAACAAUCUUCAUGUUGCUUUGGCGUCCCAUCAGUCAAAAUGCGCAGAUGAGGAUCAUUUUGAGAUUAGUGUCCCGCUAGAUGUGUGUGUGCGACGGGGAAAAGAUGCCAUUCUUGCUCUUGGUGUAAACGAUACCGUCUUGGACCACAAGCACGGCCACCCCAUUCGUGUCGUCCUUCCCGGUGUCGUGGGUGUCCGAUGGGUCAAAUGGCUCGAUCAGAUCCUCAUACAAGACCACGAAUCACCCAACAUCUACCAACAACGAGACUAUAAAAUUCUGCCCCCGGAUGCAGUGGACAGCGAAUCCGCAGAGCAGCACUGGCACCGCACUCCCCCCAUGUACGACAUCCCCAUCAACUCGGCCAUCGCAAGUCCAGCCGAUGGCGAAACCGUGCGUCUCUCUCCCACUGGCACUGUCAAGGUCCAGGGAUACGCUAUCCCACAAGGGGCGGAUGGGCCCGUGGUGAGUGUGCGGGUUUCGGGGGAUGGUGGAGAGUCAUGGACGGAGGCUGAAUUGGCCGAGUCUGAGUCAAAGUCAAAAUGGUGCUGGGUGUUGUGGACGGCCAAUGUCAAGAUGAUACCGGGGGAAGAGAGGCAGAUAUUGAGCUGUGCUACCGAUGCGGCGGGGAACUCACAGGAAAGUGAGCAUUCUCAGUGGAAUCUGAGAGGCGUGGGAUAUAGUGGUUAUGGUCGGGUUAUGAAUCUCACCCUUGUACAGCCUUAG